AACCGGCCGGCGGCGGCGCCGAGCCUGAGGGAGAGCGCGCGGGCUGCCGCCAUGUCGGGAGGGAGCAGCGCCGGCGAGUGGUGCCUCAUGGAGAGCGACCCGGGCGUCUUCACGGAGCUUAUCAAGGGCUUCGGUUGUAGAGGAGCACAAGUUGAAGAAAUAUGGAGUUUGGAACCAGAGAACUUUGAAAAAUUGAAGCCAGUACAUGGGCUGAUUUUCCUCUUCAAGUGGCAGCCUGGAGAGGAACCAGCAGGUUCUGUUGUUCAGGAUUCCAGACUGGAUACAAUAUUUUUUGCUAAACAGGUAAUAAAUAAUGCUUGUGCUACUCAAGCCAUAGUAAGUGUGCUAUUGAAUUGUGCUCAUCAAGAUAUCCAUCUAGGAGAGACUUUGUCAGAAUUUAAAGAAUUUUCACAAAGUUUUGAUGCUGCGAUGAAAGGUUUGGCACUAAGCAACUCAGAAGUGAUUCGGCAAGUUCACAACAGUUUUGCCAGGCAACAGAUGUUUGAAUUUGAUGCAAAGUCUUCGGCAAAAGAAGAAGAUGCGUUUCACUUUGUAAGCUAUGUUCCUGUUAAUGGACGGCUAUAUGAACUAGAUGGCUUAAGGGAAGGACCAAUUGAUUUAGGUGCAUGCAAUCAAGAUGACUGGAUAAGUGCUGUACGACCUGUCAUAGAGAAACGUAUACAAAAAUACAGUGAAGGUGAGAUAAGAUUUAACUUGAUGGCUAUUGUAUCUGACAGAAAGAUGAUCUAUGAGCAGAGGAUUGCAGAAUUACAGCAGCAACUUGCAGAGGAGGAGCCUAUGGAUACAGAUCAAAGUAGUAAUAUGUUAAGUUCUAUACAGUCAGAAGUUGCAAAAUACCAGAUGUUAAUUGAAGAAGAGAACCAAAAAUUAAAAAGAUAUAAGAUUGAAAAUAUUAGAAGAAAACAUAACUACCUGCCUUUCAUCAUGGAAUUAUUAAAGACUCUAGCAGAACAUCAGCAGUUAAUACCAUUAGUAGAAAAACUCUCAACACUAGAUGGCAACCUUUGCACAAAGGUUCUGAUAAUUGAGGCAAAAGAAAAACAGAAUGCCAAGAAAGUUCAGGAGGCCAAGUGAAGAUGACUGUGCAAAAUACAUACAAUUAUGUGCUUCUGAAAUUAUUUUCAUGACAACAAAUAAAACUUUUCAUAAACUUUAAA